GAACGUUCGCCGUAGGAGAAACUUCCAUUUUCCUCCUCAUUAUUGCCCUGAAUAGUCCUAAAUCUUCAAAACAUUUUACCUGUUUGCUAUGUACACAUGUUCUUAUUUUAUUAGCUGGUCACUUCAAAGCAACGUCAAGAAACGCAAUUCUGCUACAAGCAAUUUUCAAUAAUCCCAUGCAUGUGAAAAAGCUUUUUCCCGUUUAGUUUUCAAAAAGUAUUCGCGAAUGUUAGUGCGCGUACGUUAGGGAUAAACUAUUAAAAAUUUACUUUUUCAAAGCUAACGUUCGAUAAUUUUAUGUUUUUAGAUAUUAAGUAUGACAAUGUACAGUAAUUAGAUAUGGUUAACUAGAAAAAAAAGAAGCAGGUUGGAAGAUAAAGUUAGCACUGUCAUCAGUGAAGUGAAUGCAAAGGUUGGCAGAAAGAAGAAGAAAAAAUCUAUAAUGCAAGAAAAGAAAGAAAAUUCAUAUUUUCCAAUAGACGACGAAAGUUUAGUGAAAAUGUUUAAGAAAAAGGCUUAAGUUAGAGCUGGAAACUACAAUUGUGGAAAGUUAAAUUGAGGCCAUCAAGCCAGAAAAAAGUUAUAUAAAUUUCAGAAAGAAAUUCAUAUUUUCGAAUGAGUAUAGUGAAAAUUAUAGCUAAAGGCUUAAGUAAAAGUUGAAAAUUUAAGUUGCGAAAAAUUAAGCCUUCAAGCCAAAAUAGAAAAAAAUAUAUGUAGUUGAGUGAAAUAGUCAAAAAAUAAAUACGCGAGGUUUUGUGAGAAGCAAGACAAUCGAACAAAUAAAAUAAUUGAAAAUUAAUAAUCUGCUAAAUUCUAUCAUUCAAAAAUUAGGUAUUACAAAAAGUGCUUUGAUUUUUCAUACAAUAAAUAUUUUAACCCGGAGAAUCGUGCCACAGCUGAAAACCCUCUUCUAUGCUGACAGUCUUCCCAAAGCUACAAUAAGGAAGAAAGCAAGCGACUAAAGAUUCGAUAGCAUGCAAAGUCAUUGGGGCUACGAAUUUACGACGAGCAAGAGCAGCAAAGCAUGAUAUGGCCCGAGUCAGCAGGGACCGUCGGGCAGACAAAGUAGACGAGCCAUAGCAGCUGCAGGCAGCUACAUUGACAAUGUCUGCAGCGGCUCAAGGACUGAGCAACGGUGGAGCUCGUCAAAAUAUCAUUGGUAACCACCAUUUGCGCAUUCAACAUUGAAUCAUAUCGUCAGCGUUGUUUCGAAAAUAAUUAAAUAAAAACAAUAUAUGAUAUAUUUUAAAGUAUGAAAAAUGUGAUAAUUAUUUACCGCAAAGGAAAACUCGCAAUAUUCAAACAUAAGGGAGAAAGGAAAAGUGUAAAACAAGCAACAUAUAUGUAGAACAAAAUGUGAGCAAAUUCUGCCUAAACAAGUUAUUGGCAAUUGCAAGGCGGAGAGAACAUCAUAAAAAAAAAAUGCAAUAAUAAAUACUUAUGUUCUCAUACAUGAGAACACAUGAGACAUUUACAUAAGUUUUGCCUUCUUCGUAUCCAAUAAUUCAUCGCCCAUUGCUGUCGUCAAGAGGUUGCUUCUUUGUAAUCUUUUAGUUCACUUAUUACCAUUUGUUGAUAUUGCUGUGUGCGGUAUCGUUGUGCUUGACCACUUGGCAGCGCACGCGCCUCCCUCACCACAUGUUCGAUUCGGAUGUCGACGAUGAAUAUAUCCGCGAGUAUGCCUUUGAGCCGGAGUUGCUGAUCAAUCGCGAUGAUUAUCGCAAGCGUGAAGAACAAAAGGAGGAGCAACGAGAGGCGAUUAAGAGACGCUCAUCGUUGCGCCGGAAGUCUCAGCGUAAAGCUAGCGCGGAUAGUUACGAAAGCGGUGGACAGCAGAAGAAUCAGAUUGAUGUUGAAAUCGAGGCGUUCUAUUAUAUGUAUGGUCGCUAUACCAAAGAUUUAGGAGAAUUUGCUAAAGAUGAAGCCAGAAAACUCAAACUACUCGAGAAACGUAGAAAACAUGAAGACAGACAACGGAACAAGGAAUUGCUGGGCAAACGUUCGUCGCGUAUGCUAAAAGUCUCAUCAUGGAUAUGGAAGCGGACAUUUGCGCGCCUCGGGGAGGAUUGGGUAUUCUUAGCCCUACUAGGUGUUAUAAUGGCAUUUGUAUCGUAUGUGGUGGACAAAGGCAUCAAUGUGUGUACAAACGCGCGGGUUUGGCUGUAUCGCGAUCUCACAUCACAGCCGAUUACACAAUAUUUAGCCUGGGUCUCUUUGCCGGUUUGUUUGAUACUUUUCUCAGCCGGCUUCGUGCAUCUAAUUGCGCCACAGAGUAUAGGUUCGGGAAUACCUGAAAUGAAAACAAUUCUUCGUGGCGUUGCGCUGAAAGAGUAUCUCACAUUUAAGACAUUGGUAGCCAAGGUUGUUGGUUUAACGGCAACUUUGGGCAGUGGUAUGCCAUUAGGAAAGGAAGGUCCUUUCUGUCACAUAGCAAGUAUUGUAGCACAAUUAUUAAGUAAACUCGUCACAUCAUUCCAAGGUAUAUAUGAGAAUGAGUCUCGCAAUUCAGAAAUGUUGGCCGCUGCGUGUGCAGUCGGCGUGGGUUCGUGUUUUGCGGCGCCAGUCGGUGGCGUACUCUUCAGCAUUGAGGUAACCACCACAUACUUUGCUGUGCGUAAUUAUUGGCGCGGCUUCUUUGCGGCUGUCUGCGGUGCAACGGUUUUUCGUCUACUGGCCGUUUGGUUCCACAAUGCAGAUACUGUGCGUGCGAUAUUUCUUACAAAUUUUACCACCGAAUUUCCUUUCGAUCCGCAAGAGUUGUUUGUAUUUGCGUUGAUGGGCGUUGUCUCCGGCAUUGGUGGAGCUGCCUAUGUUUGGGUACAUCGCCGCUAUGUGCUCUUCAUGCGUUCCAACAAGAAGAUGAAUAAAUUCUUACAAAAGAAUCGAUUUCUAUAUCCGGGCUUUCUGGCGCUGCUUGUGUCUACACUCUCAUUUCCACUGGGUACCGGUCAGUUUAUCGCUGGUGAAUUAAGCACACACGAACAGGUCACGCAGUUGUUUAGUAAUUUCACAUGGUCACGCGACGAUCUCACCGUAGAACAGGCGGCCAUUGUUACGCAUUGGGUCACUAGUUACACUAACAUUUUCAUCAAUCUCUCUAUUUACAUUGUGUUCACGUUCUUCAUCUCGAUCGUUGCCUCUACCAUACCAGUGCCAUCGGGUAUAUUCAUACCCGUCUUCAAAAUCGGCGCUAGCUUGGGUCGACUCAUUGGUGAGAGUAUGCAUUUGUGGUUUCCGAACGGCGUGCGCUACGGCGGUCGCCUAUCACCCAUCAUACCCGGCGGUUACGCAGUUGUUGGUGCUGCGGCAUUUUCCGGCGCCGUGACGCAUACCGUUUCAGUAGCGGUAAUCAUCUUCGAGAUGACCGGCCAGAUAACGCACGUUGUACCGGUGAUGAUCGCAGUGUUAAUAGCGAACGCCAUUGCAGCCCUUCUUCAACCAUCCAUGUACGACAGUAUUAUACUGAUAAAGAAACUGCCGUAUCUGCCCGACUUGCUGCCAUCCAGUUCAGCGAUGUACAGCAUCUAUGUUGAGGAUUUUAUGGUAAGAGAUGUGAAAUACAUCUGGCAUGGCAUUUCGUAUCAAAAACUCAAGGAGGUGCUGAAGACGAAUAAAACGCUUCGAUCUCUACCGCUGGUCGAUAGUCACGAGAAUAUGAUACUGCUCGGCUCCGUACAACGUUACGAAUUGAUCAAAAUGAUUGAAAAGCAUAUCGGACGUGAGAAGCGUAUGGAGGUGGCACAAAAAUGGCAAAAAGAGGCAGAAGAACGUGCGCGCGAAGAAGAAAAGAAGAAACAAGAAGCCGAGUUAAAAAUGCGUCGACCAUCGCGUUUCGAAGUUCUUCCCGCUCCUGAUAUACUGAGUCUACGGCAAAUUGCGAACGAUGAAAUGUUACCGGCCAAACAACGCCAAGAAUCCCUGAACAACAAUUUAGCACCACGCAAAUCCAUUUUGAAAAAGACAAAUUCAUUUAAUCUAAAAACAUUCGGACCGACCUCGCCGCAUAGCCCUAACAUUACUCCAUACACCACCAUAACGGGCACAGAACAUCGAAUUCGUUCUGCCUUCGAGGCGAUUUUUCGUAAAUCAAAUACACUACAAGAUGUCCACCCGGAUCCAGAUGCUAGCAGCAUAUCGCCGGCUGUGAGCGCCAAUGAGAUGCCACAUGUACAACGUGUGCCUAGCAUCUCGAAGAAGGUUCAAUUGCAAGCACAAAAUACUGCGAAGUCCACGGACCCAGAUUGUAAGCCAUCACCUCCGAAUUCACCGGAUAGCACACAGAACAAUAGAUUAUCUCAAAUUGCGCCAAAUUCUCCAGGACCAUCAAAGAAACAAAACUCACUUAAUAAUAUAAACAAGCGCCCACGAAGCUUAAGUUCAUCACCAGUCAACGCCAAAGUUAAAACAAAAUUAGCUAACACAAGAUGGGAUGACACCAUUCUGCCACCACCACCGAAAAAAGGAAUACUUCGGAAGUCACAUUCGACCACAGAGUGUUCUAAUACCAAAGCAAGUGCGAUCAAAUGGAAUACUUUCACGGAUAGUACGAAUUCGGAUGAAUCAAAAACAAUGAGUAUGAAAAAAACGAAAUCGGUAACUUUGCCGCGUGAACGCGUGAUCGAUAUGUCACCGGAAGAUCAGAAGAAAUGGGAAAUGGAAGAAAUGUCCCAAUCGAUCGAUUUAGAGCAGGCCAAUGUAAAUAUUGAUCCAUCCCCAUUUCAACUGGUUGAGCGGACUUCAAUACUCAAAGUGCAUUCACUCUUCUCAAUGGUGGGCAUAAAUCAUGCCUAUGUGACGAAAAUUGGACGGCUUGUGGGUGUUGUGGGACUGAAAGAGCUGCGCAAAGCCAUUGAAGAUAUCAAUAGCAACAAUUUCGUAGUACAAAAUCAGAUAAAAGAUGAUGUUGAAGCCGAUCAUCGGUCGGCAGCUGAGAAGCCGCUGCUGACACCACCCUUACCGCGGUCACCGCAUUCCACCAGUGACAAAGAGGUGAAUACGACUGUCACCUCCAUGGAUUCGGCACUGUCACAUUCUGAUAAUUGCUCCGACAUUGAAAUGGAGCACAUGAAGGGUGAUAGUAGUGGUGAAGAGCACCAACAACCACAACACAACCAACAAACCUACACUCCAACGGGGACUACUAUGCUUAUAAAUAACACAUCAAAUGAACUAUAGCAGACACAUACCAGGCAUACAAAUAAAUUAGCCGAAUGGGUUGGUGCGUGACUACCAUUCGGAAUUCACAGAGCGAACGUUGGUUCGAGUCUCGGUGAAACACAAAAAUUAAGGAAACUAAUAGCGGUCGCUCCUCGGCAGGCAAUGGCAAACCUCCGAGUGGAUUUCUGCCAUGAAAAAGCUCCUCACAAAAAUAUCUGCCGUUCGGAGUCGGCUUGAAACUGUAGGUCGCUCCAUUUGUGGAACAACAUCAAGGCGCACACCACAAGGAGGAGGAGCUCGGUCAAACACCCAAAAAGGGGGUACGCGCCAAUUAUAUAUAUAUAUUAUCUGAACGUUGAAAUUUGUAAAUUAUUAAUAGACAUAAAAUCUCAAGCAAGGAAAUCAUUUUUCACCAGACUACUAAUUAAUUAAAAAAGGGAAGUUAAAAAACGUUAUAUAUAGAUACCAUAUUUUGAUAAGUUAUUACCCCUAAUGUAUGUAUAUACAUGUAAUAUUAAAAUAAGCAGCAUAUAGUGAUUUUGCAUACCUCUAUUUGUAUGUAUGUAUAUAUAAAUGUAACUGAAAUCCAAAUGUGAUUAGUUUUGAAGUUGAAAGUUCUAAAAAAAAUAGUUUAUGAAUAUAUAAUAUGUAUUUAAUUAGAAAUAUAAUUUAAGCAAAAAAAAAACGAACAUUAAUAAAGAAACACAGAAACCUCAGCAAAGAGUAUUGCUGGUCGAAAUCUAACAUUACUUUUGAAUUUCAGAUUUUGUUGCUACUUGUUAAUUCAAAUACACACCUCAAGUAUUUGAAAUGUGCGGAAAGGUUUUGAUAAUUUUAAAUUUUUUGGCAAGUUAUUGCUAAUCAAACUUAUCUCGAAAUCUAUUGGCCCUAGACAAAAUUUUGUUAACAAGAAUUGUAGGUAAAUCACUAAAGUUUAGUAAAAUAUAUUUUAAAAAUGACUAAACUUAAUUUAAAAAAAAUUUUAUAAUUUGUAUAAUAUUUUUGUUGUUGGUUUUGUACACCAAGGGUAUAAUCAAAAGUUUAAAAAACAUAUUUUUAAUAAAGUUGGAA